UCCUUGUGAAGAAUUUUCUCAUUUGUUGUUCUUGUGAGCGCUCAUAAAAAACGGGAAAAACAUUGGAACGUUUGUGUGCUUGUGUGUGUGUGUGCACGCCCGAUUGUCAAAAAUUUUCACUCGCUCGUGCAGGAAAAUUUUUCACAGGAAUUUAGAAGAUCGGAAAAUUCACUACCGUUUUAUUUAAUCACAUGGGAAACAUGCGACAAAUGGAUCCGAAAUAUGAUCUCUCCAAGUGUCACGCGUACAAUGAGAAAAGUUCGUUCGCGUUUUGGAUCGUGCUGGUGCUGCUGUUCUGUUUGGCGUUGGGCAAUCUUUGUCUCACGCUAUCCAUAACGGCUAUUUUGCGGAUCUACCGCGGCAUGGAAAAUAUCGAGCUGAUCCAGGACGCGGAUGCGAUCAAAUUCUAUGGCAAUAUCGAUUUCGAUCGUGUGUACAAGCAGGACGGUCUGUUGGAAAGCUUCUACGAGGAACCGCUAGAAAUCACCGGGGACGAUGGGGACGUAUCGAUCAAUCUGGUCAAUCGAAACGGUCACUCGCAUAACAAAAUUCAGCUCACGAAAGCGGGUAGCUUCCUGAAGGGGAUAAAUCAUUUCGAUGUGAAAGAUCCGGUCACGGGCAAGCAGGUGUUUGGAACGUCGCGGCCACACUACAAUAUGCCGCAGGGUGCCAUGGUAUUGCAGGCCCAGCUCAUCAACACUGGUCGCAUUGCAUCGCCCAUUAACGACACGCUAAAGCUGCAAACACGAAACAAACUUACGCUAAAGGGUACGGAGGGUAUCCGGAUGGAGGCCAAAGAGCUGCUGUGGUCGGCGGAUCAGAAUAUUUUCCUGAAGUCGGACAAUGGAAGUACCAUGCUGGUGGGCGGGAACGGUGUGUGGGUGAACGUAAACAACCUGCCGGUGGUUAAGAGUGAACACGGCACGCGGACGGGAUCGUCCAGUCAGUACAAGCUUUGUGUCUGCUAUCCUCAGGGACGCAUUUUUCGUAUGGCAGUGCCAAAAUCGCACAAUGCGCGCGUUAACUGUGCUCAUUUCAGCGCCAACGAGAAUCCAUGUGCGUAAGCAACGACCAUCAUCGAACAGUAUUAGCGGCGGCGUGCGGAGCAAACAUAUCGGCCAUAUUAGACGUAGAUCAGUUGUAGUUGUUUGGUAGUUGCUCAAAGGAAAGUAAAUUCUAGUAGUUGUUUAUUUCGAUAUAUACUUAUUAAAUCCCGCACAGGGAGUAGAUAGCAUACGUACAGUAGAGUCAGUGCAUUUCGUUGAAUUACAUCGUGAUGAGUUAAUGUAACUUCUAUUCUAUACUAUCAUUAAAGUCCCAAGCGUUCCCUCUAAA